AGACUAAAUUCAUGUUUAAAGACGUAGAAACCACUCUUUAGUGUAGAUUCAACUGUGAUGGAAAUGUAUCCUAACACCACCUAUUACCGUUAUCCAGGUUUCUUAAAGAUAUGUUUUUUAUUAUUUUUAUUCACUCUUGAAGAUAUUCAUGCCUCAAAUCAGGUCAUAAAUAAUUCGGUAAUUUCAAGCAAAGCUCUAAAAAGUUGCAAAGUGCCAGAUAACAAAAGCACCCAGUACAAAAGCACACCAUGCGAACAGCACAAUUAUUGUGGCUUGGUAUCAGGCAAAAUUGUGGCAGGCAAUGGCACAAUGGUCACUCUGAAAUGUGCAGACAGUUACAUGCCGAGAAACGAGAAUGUCGAUUUCAUUGUUUGCUAUGAUGGUGUCUGGUAUCCCAAACAACAUACUUGUCUCAAAGCUUGCAAAGCACUAAACUACAAAAGCAUCGAUGCGAACUGCACGUACAAAGGAGAGCCAGUCGCUUGCAACAGAAACAUCAGAAUAGGCACCCAAGUGCAGUGGAAGUGCAAGUCUGGUUACGAAACUGGUCAUAGCAAUCGGAACAACACUUGCCUCAAAAGUGGCAGCUGGAAGUCCCCCAUAUCCGAGUGCUACCGAGUGACCUGUGAUGGUUUGAAAUUGAAGACGAUUGAAGCGAACUGCAGCCAUGGAGGGGAGCCGGUCGACUGCCGCAGUCACGUCAAGAUCGGCACUCAGCUGCAAUGGAAGUGCAAGCCGGGAUUUCUGUCCAAAAAUAGUAAUAGGCACAACAUUUGCCUCAGAUUCGGCGUUUGGCAAUCUGUGAUGGCUGAGUGCAUUCCGGAAAAUAAGCCUGCAUCAGCAAAACUCAAUCCACGCAGAUUCAAUGGAGUGGCUAAAGUCGGUUCAAUAGUUGAGUUGAAUUGCCAUGUGGGAGGAUAUCCAAAUCCAACUGUCACCUGGCUUAAGAAUGGGGAACCUGUACGCUUUACGAAAAGGGUAUCCAACAAUAUAGCGACUGUCGAAUCCAGUGACCUUAGGUUCCCGACUAGAGUAAUCUACGCUCUCUAUUUUGACGGAUGUGUGGUAGAGGACAUAGGGACGUAUGAAUGCAGAGUGGAGAACAGCCACAGCACGGCUUCAGAUUAUGCUGAUAUGUUAGUUUACAAUGAAGGAAUGUUAUCAAUAAACAAAACCAUGGAGAAAAGAAUUGUCUCGGUGGUUGGAAGCCAAGUGAAUAUAGUAUGCAACAUUAGAGCCGACCCUGUGCCAAUCACAGUGAGGUGGUUCAAGUCUAAUGAACAGCUUCUGCCUACUGACAGAAUAAACGUUGCAGAUGUGAAUUGUAUAAGUUCGUGUACUGGCCGUCUGGUCUGCCCCGCCGGAUCAGGUAUUGCAUAUUAUGGUAACUGCACGGAUCACUCGUGUACAAGUCAAGUAAUAAUUGAAAAUGCCCAGGAAUCCGACUCUGGAAAUUAUAAAUGUGAGGCUUUGAAUGACAUUGCCUCUGAUCAGAGAUUCGUAGAUCUAAUUGUCAAUGCCCGUCGGCCAAAGAUGAGAAUUGACCCUCCUUCUGGAACCACCAUCCGAAGAGGUUGGGAUGUAACCCUCACCUGCAAUGUGGAAGGUAGUUCAAAAGCAGACGUCAAAUGGUUAUUCAACAACGUUAGCAUAUCUGCAAAAUAUCCAAAUGAGAUGCAAAUUUCAAGUAUUGUAGGAGAAGAAAUGAUAUUCACUUUUCGAAUUCGAGAAGCUCAACCUUCUGACAGUGGCAUAUACACGUGUCAAGCAGUUACCAAACUCGGAGAGAAAAAUGAAGUUUCCACUUCUAUAAGUGUACCAUUUCAACAGUACAGCUAUGAUGUGCAAAGGGGCAGGAUUGGAAGUUAACAAUUAUAUCUAUAUUGGAAUGGAGGUUUCUAACAGAAGAAAAUAAGAAUGGAAUUCAAUAGUUUUUUAUUUCAUAAAUCCACAACUUGUUAGAGAAUUAUAGAACUAACGUUUAUAGAGUCAGUGGAAAUGAUAGGAAGGCAUGGUUGCCAAGUUUCUUUUUCCAUCGCCUUAAACCAGGUAAGGUGUAAAGUAUUGAAGAUAGCUGUAAUUCAAGUCAUCCUGGUAUGCAUAUCUAAUAUAGCCUAAUAUUGAUUGUUGAUUCCUGUUAACAAUGAUAAAUUCCAUCGCAAUUAUAUUAUAUUCAAUUAUAAAAUACCUAUAUUAUUAUUAUUAUUAUAUUGUAAUUGACGUUUCCAAUUGCCAUUUUUAUGUGCUCAAAGGAAUAAAAGCAUUCUUAUUCUUAUUCUUAUUCUUAUUCU